AUGUCAUCCCCUACAAUCACUCUCUACUACAGACCCGGCUCAUGCUCCCUCGUAGCCCACGCACUCCUCUACCACCUCGACAUCCCCUUCAAGACCGUCAAAUUGAGACCCAACGCCGAGAAGCGCUUCGAGGCCGCAGACGGCAGCUUCACGCACGAGGACUACUGCAAAAUCAAUCCCUCAGGCUACGUCCCGGCCCUCGUCCUCGACAGCGGCGAAGUCAUCACAGAGCUCCCGGCCGUCCUGACCUACAUCGCGUGCAUCGCCCCGCCCGAGCAAACCGAAAAGUUCCUGGGCUCCAGUGCCCUCGACCGCGCAAAGGUGAAUGAGUGGACGAACUGGCUGAGCGGGACGUUCCUCGGCGCGAGUCUCGCGGCGUGUGCGAGGCCGUACCGGUUCACUGACGGCGAGGAGGCUCGCAAGGCGGUCGCGGAGAAGGGGUGGGAGCAUAUCCUGGAGUGCUUUCAAAGAAUUGAGUCCAGGCUGGAAGGGCGUGAAUGGGCUGUAGGUGACGACUUGACGGUGGUUGACAUGUAUAUGUAUUAUUUCCGGCGGUCGGCAGUGUACAUGACCGACUUGGGCGAAUAUCCCAACUUUGAGCGCUUGCAAAAGAAGGUGGAGAAGUUGGCUGGGAUUCAGAAAGUGUUGGAAGUGGAAGAGCUUAAGCCAGUCUUCGAGUGA